AUGUUGGGCUCAGAGUCCAUAUAUCGCAAGAAAGUGAGCUUGGGCGGGGUUCGUCCAGCCCAUAAAAGUCCAGAUCCAGAAGUGAUUUUUGAAGUUGGUGCUGGUGCUGGUUCUGGUCAGGGAUACCUGGCACAAGUUCUUUCCUUUCAGUACAAUCAUCCUGUGGUUGCAAUUGAUUCUUGUUCUCGUCAUGGGAAAGUCACUGAGACAAGGGCUCAACAAAUAAGAAAGCAUUGUGCUGCUCAAAUUCGUAAAUUGGGGAAUUGGGACAUCAGUAUACCCAGGACGAUAACAUGCCGUGUAUUGUCGACUGACAUGCUAAAAGCCCUGGCUGCCAUAGUACCACCAGCUGAUGAUGUCAAGGAGCCACAGUUCAUCAAAGAAGAUACAGAUGGGAAACCUUCAUUGGUACUUGCUGGAUUACAUGCUUGUGGUGAUCUUUCAGUGACAAUGCUGAAAGUGCAGACUGCAGAGAGAUGGAGUUGUCUUGACAAAGAUGCUGGUCUUCAGAAUUUUGAUUUGCAUGCCUUCAGUGUUGUUUUCCGGAUGGUUCUUCUUAAAUACUAUCCCGGAAUCAUAACUUCAAGCCCCUCGGUUGGUCGUCAAGGGAAGCCUUGCGCCGCAAGCAGCAGAGGGAGGUCCCCUAUUCCUUUGAAAAUGCUGAAGGCAGUAAAGUCUUUGUCAGCUGUUCCCAGGGAGGGAUAG